CGUUUUGUCUGGCAGAUAUUUAAGAAAUAAGCUUGUUUCAUCUGUGUUGAGAAUGUCAUUCAUGUUAUAGUUUUAUACAAUUUCUGGUAAACUUUUCAACCACUUCAUUUAAUUUCCCUCUCUCAGUUUUAACACAGAUUUAAUUGAAAACUAUUCUGUGCCUCUUAAAUUUAUCCAGCCACCUGCUACUUGCUUUGAAAUCUUAAAUUUCAAGUUAGUGAAAUAUGACUUAUAGAAAUACAAAAUGUAUUGAAUCUGAGGAAGUCAAUUUGGACAACAAUAAAAUGCAAGUUUAGUUAAAAUUAUCAAAAUCUACCAAAUUAUUUCUUUUUUGCCUUGCAAAGUAGAAAUAAUUCAGAUAAUUGUCAGAUAAUAAAAUAUUUAUAAUGUUAAGUCCGCAAAAAAAUAGAAUGAACUGAAAAUCGGAACAAAACAACACUGACAUUGACAAUGUUGACAGCUAGAAGUGGAUUGUAAUAAUUGCAUGGGCUGCUUGGCAAGUGGAAGGGACAUUUAUCAAGCUUUCAUUCCUUGCUUCAAUGAUUUGGUUAAUUGGCAAUUUGGACAGUCAACAUUCUGUUGGAUUUUGUUGUUUCCAUGACAUGCAAUGCAUGAGUAAAUUUAAAUUGAAGAUAAUAAAUAGUUAAACAGUCUAUCUGGAGUGGGAUGCAUCUCCAUGUAUGUUGCUGCUUUGGAGAAAAAAUUAACAGAACUUAAAAACAUUAACACUUGCCAACCUUCUGUUGAAACGUUAGCUGAAUAUGAAAAAAAAGUAAAAUUUCUUAAAGGAAUUGUUGAAGCCGAGAAAUUACCUACUGCUUCAGAGAAAGCCCUAGCAAAUCAGUUUUUAUCUCCAGGUUUGUCUUCCUCACCAAAACAUAAUAAAUCUAAAGAAUUGCAUCUACAAACAAAAGCUCGUUAUUUACAAGAAAUGAGAGAAGAAUUGUUAGACAAAAAAUCAGAUUCUCAAGUUUUUGAUAAUGGCGAUUUGAGAUUACGUCAGAAGCAUGAAGAAGACAAAGAAAAUCAGGACUUGGAUGCUGUACUUCGUUACCAUCACAGCAUGCAGGAGAAAGUGGCUGAAGAAAUGGUAGCACUGGCACAAAAUUUGAAACAAAAUUCCUUAUUAGCAGGACAUUUUAUUCGUAAAGAUACAGAGACGCUUCAACGAGCUUCUCAGUUAACUGAUCAGAACUACUCACGACUGAAAGUUGAAACGGAUCGGCUGGAAAAGCAUUCCAAGCGUUGUUGUAACUGGUGGGUGUGGCUGGUUCUGGGCGUCGUGUGCAUUACGUUCCUCUGGAUGAUCGUAUUCAUGAGACUUUUCCCCAAACGAUGACUUUGACGUCGGGUUUAAAUGUAAAGUAAUGUAUAAAGGCUUUUUUGAUAGUUUAUAUUUAUUAAUAAAUAUAAUUGUUUAAUAAU